UAGGAAAAAAAAUUUGAUAUUCAUAAUACACGAAAAGAAUAUUUUUUUUUAUAUUUAUGAAAUCGAACUUUUUUAAUUACUUUUUCAAAAUGCCAUUUUAUUAUGCUGUUGCUAAAGGUCGAAAGCCAGGAAUUUACCUUAAUUGGCAAAAAUGUUAUGAACAAGUUAAUAAAUUUAAUGGAUCUAUAUAUAAGAAGUUCUCAUCGCAGUUAGAAGCAGAAAAUUUUAUAAAACAACGUGGUGAUUCUUCGAAUAUGUUAUCAUCAAGCAAGUUGAUUGAAGAAAAUAAGUGUGGAUAUAUAUUAAAUCAGGAAAAGAAAAAUAUACAGAAACGUACGUUGUCACCAGGAUCAAGAAAAUUGGUUUCAAAGUCUAAAAUAAGGAAACUUGAAUCUGUUGAAAUUUUAAAGAAUUCUCAUUGUACAUCUCAAGACACAAAUCAUACUGUGGGAAAAGAAUAUGUUGAUGUAUAUACAGAUGGAGCAUGCUCAUCAAAUGGUAGAAGAGGUGCACGAGCUGGAAUCGGUGUUUGGUUUGGAGACAAUCAUCCUUUAAAUGUAUCCAAACCUGUAGUUGGUAGGGCAACUAAUAAUAUGGCAGAGAUUCAAGCAGUGACAGUGGCAGCUAGACAAGCCGAAAAAGCAGGCAUAAUGAAAUUAAAAAUUAAUACAGAUUCCAAAUUCCUUAUUAAUUGUAUCACAAAUUGGAUGCCCAAAUGGAAAAGAAAUGGGUGGAAAACUUCAACUAAUAAACCAGUUAUCAAUAAAACUGAACUUUUGGAAAUGGAAGCAGCACUUAAAUCUUUAGAUGUUAAAUGGAAUCAUGUGAAUGGACACGUCGGAAUCUAUGGUAAUGAAAUGGCAGAUAAAUUAGCAAGACAAGGUAUUGCAUGUGACAAGUAAUCUUUGAAAAAAUAAGGCCAAUUAUUUAUUUUGACAUGUAUGUAUAGAUAAAACAUUUUGUAAAAU